CUGUCCCUUCCCAAGGCCCAUCUUCUGAGCACAACCCCUAUCCAGACAUCAGGCUCUCUGUACCAGAUUGACAGUGAACACCCCCUACGUCAACUUCCAUCAAUCUCUACCAAUACUCGGCUUAUCCGGCCACCAACUCGCUGCUCAACCAUGUCCGGCUUGGAGAUUGUAGGCCUGAUCUCUGCCGUCAUAUCGAUUGUCGAGGCCGUCGAGAUUGUAUACAAUGGUAUCAGGGACACCAGGAAUCUCCCACGGGCCUUUCGCGAGGUGGCUAAGAAGCUCCCGCUUGUCCGGGACACUCUCCGGAUUGCCGAGCGACAGAUCGGGGCCAGCACAGAUGAUGAAGCAUGUCAGGCGGUAAAGACGGUCGUGGAGAGUUGCAAGGUGAAGGCGGAGGAACUGAAGGACAUCUUCGAUGCCGUCUCUGCCUCAGAUAAUGCCUCCAGGUUCGAGCGUUAUCGAGUGGCCGUGCGGCGUUUCGGCAAGGGAUCUCUGGUGGAGACUUUGGCUCAGGAGUUGAUGGAGGAAGUUCGGUUGCUUGGUACGAAUCGUGCAGUCCAAGCGGCAACCGAAGCCCAAGCUGCGGAACUCCUCAAGGCUAUCGAGGAAUUGUCCAGCAUGGAGCCUUCGCUGCCGGAUGAGAAAUCUGUCAGUCAGCACCAUUCUGGCUCCGGUGAUAAUGUUGCGGGGAACAAGUACCAAGGGAAUCACAAUGUCUAUAGCGGCUCUGGCACUGCAUAUUUCGGUGGAGUUACACAGUAG